AUGUCAGAAGGAGCAUCAUCAUCCUCCUCACCGACACCGAAUAGAACCUCCGCCAAGGAAGAAUCUCCAAUGAUUUCUGAACCAUCAACUCACACGAGCGAGAGACAAAACUCUGAAGUGGAGGGCGAGCCAAUAAUACGACAAACAUCUGAGCAAAAGAAAUACUACGAAGCAGACGCAGGUGAUGGAACAAAGGCACAUGAACAGUACCUCCAUGGAGUACCGUUGCUACUCACCAUAUUAUCGUGCAUUGUCACUCUAUUCAUUGCCGCUUUAGACCAGACUAUUGUAUCAACCAUCUUGACCACUGUGGGUGAGCAUUUCAACGCAUUUGACAAAGUGGGGUGGUUAACUUCUGGUUUCAUGUUACCGAUGGCGUGCUUAAUUCCCUCCUAUGGUAAACUUUCAAUCGCAUUUGGCCGCAAAGCCACACUUUUGACCGGAAUUGUCAUUUUUGAAAUUGGGUCCUUAAUUUCAGCACUUUCCAACUCAAUGAGUUUGUUAAUUGGUGGUCGUGUGAUUCAAGGUGUUGGUGGUGGUGCUAUCCAGAGUAUGGUGAUGGUUAUCUUGACCGAAAGUGUUCCAAUAUCAAGGCGGUCGUUGGUUUUUGCGUCAGUCUCGAUGGUGUGGUCAACCUCGAGUGUGCUUGGUCCCAUAAUUGGUGGUGCUUUGGAAAAGAUCACUUGGAGGUGGUGUUUUUACAUAAAUUUGCCAAUUGGCGGAGUCAGUUUUUUAAUUCUUGUGUUUGGAUUCAAUCCUCCAAAACCAAAGGGAAAUAUCCGGCAAAAGUUGUCCACCAUCGAUUAUGUGGGUACGUUUUUCAUGACUCUGGGACUAGUAUUGGUUCUUUUGGGGUUGACUUUUGGUGGGAUCGACUAUCCUUGGCGAUCAGCAGCGGUGAUUUGUUUAUUCACCAUUGGUGGGAUAUUGCUCAUUAUAUUUGCAAUUUGGAAUUUUGGGUAUUCAACCAACCCUAUAAUUUUACCUGAAUUUGUGAAAUCAUUUACUACAAUGACUGCAUUGAUUAGUGCCAUGUUCAAUUUUGGAUUCUUUAUAUCCAACUUGACUUAUUUGGCUGUUUACUUCCAAGUGGCGUUUAAUGCGAGCUCGUUGCAAUCAGGAAUAGACUUGUUGCCUCUAGUUAUUUCUGUUUCAGUUACGUCAGUGGUCAACUCAUUCUUUAUCAACUGGACGAAAAACGUUAAAAUUACAAUGAUUGUUUCAGGAGUUUUGAGUCCGCUUGGAUCUGGACUCUUGUUGUUGUUGGAUAAGCAUUCAAGUGUUGGGAAAAGGAUUGGGAUUUUGAUAGUUUCCGGUAUAGCCAUUGGUUUGCAGUUCCAGAGCUCCACUUUGAGCGCUCAACUAGUAGCUCCAAAGGAUAUCCCAGGAGCAUUGAUUUUGGUGACUGUUUUGCUUAAUUUUGCUAGAGAGUUGGCAUCAACUGUUUCAGUCACGAUUGCCCAAUUGUUGUUCCAAGUUACUGGAACGAGGUACAUUCAAAAUUUGCAACGUGAUAUCAGCAGAAAUGUUGAUGGGUAUGCGGAGUUUACUAGUAUGAUGCCCAAGUCCUUGAUAUCUAAUCCAAGGUUGGUUAAUCAAUUGCCUACUGAAGUUCAAGAGAUGGUUUUGGAUCAAUUUGUAAAAGCAUUGAAGAAUGUAUUUUAUUUCGGAUUGGGAUUAGCUGUGGUGUGCUUUUUCGCGUCGAUGUUCACAACGCUGAAAAGGAUACCCAAGACGAAGGAUAUCAAAACAGGUGAUAGCGAAAAAGAUGAGGAGAAAACAGAGCAAUUGAAAGAAUCUAAUGGUAUAAAUCGAUUGCAGAAUAAAGCAGAUGCCACGAGUGUACUGAACUCACAAACCUCGCAUCGAGUAAGCAAAGAAAAUACAGAUAGAUAA